AUGCCAAGGAAAGCAUGCUUAUGAAGUUAUUUACUUAAGCUCAGUUGAUUCGUAUGCAUUAGAACAAACAUUGGUAUUCAUCAAAACGAUAAUGUCGCAAGCGGAAGAGAUUUACUGUUCCGAUGGUUCCAAACCCAUCUAUCAACAUCAUCCAGUUGCGGCUGUCAUUGGUGCUGCCAGUAGUCAAGUUUCUGUUAUGGUGGCAUCUAUGCUGCAGCUAUUUAAAGUAAACAUUUCAUUCCAUAAAAUAAUUUUAAUGAAAAAUUUUGAGAAGCCGAAUUGCAUUCAAGAACUUUCCCUUUUUUGAUAAUAUCAAAUUUUUUCCUUUCAUCUGCCUAAUUAGCUUCAGU